GUUCACUUCAAUGCAUCUGGAUCAUAACGCUGAGAUAUUUCGUACCUUCUGCCUUGGAUCGUGUGGUGUGUGUGUAAAUGUGUGGUGCGCGUGUGUUUGGGUGUUUACCGACGUUUAUCAAUCAGAUAAUUUCCAAAGUUUCGAAACGGGGUCUGUCUACGUCAGUUUGUUGGAGAAGGCAGACAGAGCUAACAAAGUGAACCAACUACACUCCCCUUCUUCAUUUAUUUUGCUACUCUGUCUGGAUACCAUUUAGCGAAUUUCGUGACGUCUGAGUGUUGGACGAACCUGUAUGGACUGCGCACUGUCUAAGAUUACAUGGACAUGGACGGGUCAAUGGGAAAUGGGACACAAGGAGAGAGCAGGUCGCGCAAGAGAUUGUUGACCAUGGGUCAGCCCGAACCACUUGAUCUGACCCCACAACUCAAUUCAUGGAUGACUCAAGAAGCUGGAAUUCAUCACAUUGGAAAUGAACAGGCGAGACAUGGUCCUUUAUAUCAUUCAUCCUUUCCUGAUAAUCGGCUGACAAAUUCUACGAACGGGACGUCAAAGCAUAUGUCAUCUUCGCUUGGGCUUGAUAGGAGGAGAGUUGCCCAUGUACAACCCCAAAGGGGGCAGAACAUCAAUACCCAAGGCUGUGAUAGUCACCAGAAGGGUGAAGUUAAAACUGUCAAACCAAGAGCUAGGAAGCAACCCUCCUUUCUAAGAUCAACCAUACCCAGGGGGAAUGCCACUGCAUCGCAUCUGCGAGCAAAUACAUUACCGGGAGCCCAAUCUUUAGAUAGUCAAGCAAUUCACAAUAUGACAGAACAGACAUUGCCAAUAGCUACCAGUCAAGAGGGUAAUUACUUAGAUACUGGCAUCGUGGUACAGUCGUCCCUUCAGAAUAUUACCGUUCAGAAUGUUAAGCAACUUUUAGGUUGCUUAGUAUCCGCAGCAGUAGUUGCUCCGGACCAGGUUGUCGAUCACGCAGGAAAUGGGCAUGCUAUACCUAUUUCACAUCUAGACCAGACCAGCUUCAACUCCAUGUCCUGCGAUCAGAUCGACCAUACUGUCACAAAGAAAAUUCAAGUAACAAAUCCCCAGCUGCAUGUCAACAGAUUACACGAGCUUUCCAACCACGGCAGACUGCCAUUGUCGGUUGAUCAGCAAAUGGGUGGAUUCGGGGACCUAGACAUGGCUACGGUGGAAGAUGCGGUGAAGGCAUUGUCCUACAAUCAACAAAUGCAGGUGACAGGUGUGGUGCAUCAUAACAGUUCAGUUAAUGAAGUACAAGGGUAUGAAGCGUACUUGACUCACCAAAGGCACCACCCGGCUGAAAAGAAGGGUGAUGCAAAUGGACGGAAUAUGAUGCCUUCGAAUGAGAUACAAAGACAGGCUAUGAUGCAGAUCGACAUACAAGAAUUGCAAUAUUCAAUGAACCCAUUUGCCAGGUCCAACCCGAAUGCCCAAAUAUCAGGAAGAACAGUUCAUGAUAGUCAUGGACAGCACAUCAACCCGAAUGAACAAACAUUUUCUGGUAUGCACCAACGUCCGACUUUUUUACCCGAUCCCUUUUACCCUGUUAUGAAUAUGGUACGCCAACGUGAUUCAGGUGUUCCGCUUACCCUUGCUACCAGGCAACCUCAUGAACAGCCUCCACCAGACAGGCCAACCCCCAGAAACAUGCAUCUUCCUAACUUUCCACACCACCAAAUCAAUGAACAUAAAGACCAAAAUGUAAACGCACCUUACAACAUAGGUAGUAGUCCGCAAGAAGGUGGAAGACAUAGCUCACGCUACAAUGGCAGUAAACAAGAAGUCACGAGACGAAAAAACUUACAACAUUUCAAUUCGUUGGACGGAAACGAAAAGGCAGCAUUUCUUCGUGAGAAAUAUGAUAAGUUGCUGAAACGCAGACGUAGACAGCUGCAGGUGUUUGGCCCAAAGUAUAAGAUCGCACUCAGAAAGAUGAGUAAUGUGUCUCACGAGCUUCGAACUCUAUCAAAGAUGACAAAGGUCAAUUGCCCUCCCCGGCCUACGAAAAUGGUCAAGUGUACUCAGCAGGUAUCGAGGCGUAAUACUCCUGCUCGUGCGAAAUCAAGAGCAACAACUUCGUUGAAAGAUGAUAUUGGAUAUAAGAACAACGAAGACAUUGUCAUUGAUCUGACUGGAAGUAGUUCACCCUGUUCCAUAGACAAAGACGACCAACAACUCCCCGAAGAGAUACCGUCAGGAAGACGUAACAGCCGAUUACCCUCCUACAAAGAAGCAGUUGAGGCGAAAACGAAGGGAGCACCGGACAAGCCUUCUACAGAUUCAAUUUCUUCAGUUGCUAGACGUCUCUUAUCAUCCAGCCAUGAUUUUUUCAACAACUUUCACACACCAGCCGAAACAUGUGGAGAGACAUUGCACGGCGAGACCAAACGGACGGAAAAAAACUUAACGGAAAACUCGACAACAGCCUCUUUGGUAUCAUCUAAUGAACAUGAGACACAACCCGAACCUAAAGAAUCUGCCAAAGGUCCCCAAGCUGUUACGACCUUCGAAAUGCAUUCAAUUCAUCAGGAGCGUCAGUUCGCAUCUAAAGCUUUGGAACUGUCACAACCUACUGUUCAUUCUGCAAAUGUGUUACCCCAAGUUACUAAAGAACACAGUAGGGCUACCGAUGCCCCAUCACAAACGCACAACCCUCUAAAGCUGGACUGUCCAGUGCCAUGUUUAAGCGACACUUCGAUAAAGAGAGUGGAACUCUGCACCGAGGCCAAGACUUCUUCUGAGGAGGUGAUGAAGAAGAGUGAUUUUAUUUUCGAGGAUGAGGCAGAAUCACCAUCUCGUCUCCGUGACGUAUCAAGCAGGAAAGCCAACGAGACAGACUGCCCUUCAACCAAGGCGCAUGAUGCCAAUGCUAAGACGGACAUAGAAUACCUGUGCAAGGAAAAGCAUACUCUAAAGAACGCUGUAGUCCGCAUAGAAGACAUUAGGAAGCAAAUCAUUCGGAGGAAAGAGAGGGUAGAUGACAAGAAAGACUCUUGCUUGAAUAUCAAGAGCUGCAGACGAAAACAAAAACGACGAAUCAACACCAAUGGACGGCAGUCAAGGAAAAGACGAAGAAAGUCCCCUUCAACGUCAGGUAGUCAAGAUCGAUGUGACAAACGCUCCCGUUCUUCGUCACCAUCCAGACACUAUGUUUUCAAAGACUUCGUGCCUACCAUACUGCCUACCAGAACAAGAACUGCUUCAUCAGGUCAAGACCAGUCAAGUCACGCUUUGGUCAUGGAGCUGUUACAACACGACCUGGAUGAUGCCAUCGAUGACGAAACAGAAGACGAUGUCGACAACGACCGUGAUGAGGACUACUCUCCACGAAGCAAACAUGUGCAUCAUCAUCAGGCUAGAAGAAAAAAGGCAACGUACUCUGACCCAAGUGGCGGGGAAUUGGAUACGAUCUCAGAAGCACAGGCUACAUCCGGGUCACCCGGGUCCAAACCCAAGUCCAGCCUUGGUUCGCAUCAACCUCUGAGGGUCGAGAUAGGAGAGAAUUCCCAGAAUCAUAUCAAGUUGAAGUUCGUCAACGUUCGGAACAUCCACCAUCAUGGAAACUGCAGCAGCGAUGGCAUCCUGUCACACCGGAAACGUAACCGAGCUCGAAAGACCAAACAUAAGCACAGGGAUAGGACAAAGGCCUCUGCUUCAUCUGCAGAGCACCAGGCCGAUACAAACCCUCCACGUGAAGAUGAACUGCAAGCAAGGGAAGAAGUCAGUGGCAGUAUUGAGGCUGAUACCACAAGUAAGAUGAAGCCAAGAGAAGUGGAUACUGAUUCAUCCGUUCUGCCAUUAGGAAUGACUAAAGUCGUUAUCAACAGGAAACGCGGUGAAACCUUACUCCAUCGAGCCGCUAAACUUGGAAAUAUGGAGAUACUACAUUACUGCAUUGCUAAUAGCGUGGAGGACGUGAACGUUCGUGACAAGGCAGGCUACACGUCUCUACAUGAUAGCUGUGUACCAGGACAUCUCAAUGUCGCCAUGUUUCUACUCAAUCAUGGCGCUGACGUGAACGCACAAGCUAACGACGGGACAAGACCAAUCAACGAUGCCGUAGAAAAUAACCACACUGAUCUUGUGCGCCUUCUGUUGUCCCACGGCGCUGAUCCCUUUCUACCUAAAGCUACAGGGCAAACAUGUAUUCAACAAGCAUUGGACCAGAGCAGCGAAAUGAAGAGCCUUAUAUUUGGCUAUCUUGAAGACAUGAAAGUAGAGAGGUGUAAUCUAGAAGAUGAGUUUAUGGAUUCUCUUCUCUCUGUGGAGCAACAACGAGCUUGAACCUGCUCAGCCGAUGAUAAGGUUCCACCAGAACUGCAGGAUGAUGGUGAUUCACACCCCUGAACGCCCGUGGGAGUGUCGUGGCCGAGUGGUUUAAGGCGCUUGACUGAUGCGAAGGCCGAGGGUUCGAAUCCCGACACGGCACUGAAAUCCCUUGGCAAGAUAUU